AUGAAUAAAUUAAUAUUGGAUGCCAAUGCAUUUAUUAAAGAAAUCAACUUUCAACACCUUUCAGAACAUUACUCAUUCGUAACUCAUGAGGCCAUUCUCACUGAAGUCAGAGAUGAAAGAGCCAGGUAAAAAUUAUAAAAUUUCACCUACCCUCUCACCUUCUUGACUCCAUCAGAGAAAAUGAUUAAAAUCGUUAAGCAAUUCGCCACAUAAACGUCCGACAUAGCAUCAUUAUCACCAAUUGAUAUUGAACUCAUUGCUUUAGCUUGUACCUUGAUUGAGGAAAAUGGACAGAAGGACAAGUUAAAGUUGGAACCACUAAAACCAUUAGAGUUUAAUAAAAUUAAGAAUGUUUAUGGAUCCAAAAAUAAUUAACAAGUAGAAGAGGAGGAAGAAGAAGUAUAAAAGGAAGAAAAUGAAUAAGUUUAAAAUAAAUAAUAAGAUGAAGAAUAAACUUAACAAAAAUCGGAAGAACCAGAAAAAUAAGAAACCUAAAAGAAUGAAGAUAAUAAUGAUGAUGAUGAUUCUGAUGGAUGGGAAGAGGUUGUCCCAAAGAAAAAAUAUUAUAACAAUUACUCUAAAUAAAACAACUCAUAAAAACCUAAAUCAGAAGAAAUACAAGUUGAAGAUCAGGAAGAGGAGUCAUCAGAGGAUGAAAAUGAAGAAGAGUGGAUUAAUAAUACAAACAUCCAUGAAAAAUUAAAUGAAAUUUAAAUCAAUCCAUAAGAUAGUUAAGGAAAUCUAUUUGGUGUUGCUCUUCUGACAACUGACUUUGCUAUGCAAGUAUCAUAUUUUUGUCAUUUUUAUAGAAUGUUCUAUUAUAAAUGGGUGUCCCUGUCUUAUCAACUGAAGGGUAUAUGAUUAAGAGUGCAAGGAGGUUCAUUUUAGAAUGUCAUAUAUGUAAAACCUUAGUCAGAGAUCCAACAAGACUCUUCUGCACUAAUUGUGGAAACAAUUCAUUACUGAAAGUCUCCUGUUCCUUGGAAUCUGAUGGAACAAUUAUCUUGUAUAGGAAGAAGAAUUUCAAAGUUAAUCUAAGAGGAACUCAAGUAAAUUAAUGUUCUAAUCGAUUAGUAUUCCAUUCCUUAGAACUUAACCAAAAAGGAUGCCCCAUUUAUUUUCUGUUAAGAUCAAUUAAUGAAAAGCGGAAUUCAGCAAUAGCUAGCAAGACAAGUAAAUUAUGGAAUUUAUAUAUUGUAUAGAGAAAACAAGAAGAACUCAGAUACAAGAAGGUUAUGAAAACAUAUGAAAAUGGAAUUGGUUUUGAAGAUAUUGAUUAUAAGCAUCCUUAACAAAAAAUUACAGUUGGUUAUGGCAAAUUGAAUCCAAAUGAUGUAAACGAUAUGAGAAAAAUAAAGAGAAAUAAAAAGCGUUGA